GUUGCAGGAAGUUGGAAGCGAAUCAACCAUGGUGUACGCGUCGAAUCCACGACUAAUGAAUCGCGUACUCGAUGCCGUGGUGCAUCUAUGUGAGGGGAAAGGAUCCACCGCUCGAGAUGUCCUCGACUUCCUUCGACAAACUUCCAAGAGCGCCCCGAGGAACUUGACGAUGCAGGUUCAUCGGGCUCUGAAGCACGCGGUGAAUGCCGGAUUGUUGCGGCAUAGAAGUGGUCGUUACAAGGCAGUGUUCACGUUAAAUCCAGCUCCGAUUAAGCAGUCCGUGAAGGAGAAUAACGAACAGAGAUCUGCCGAUGGGACGAACAUACCCGACACACAACAAACGUCUUCGAGAAGUCAAUCCAACGACGAAGAGGAAAAUAGGGAGAAACGCAGGAGGCCACGCGGCGAGAAAAGACGAAGACGCAGCGAUAGUCAGAAAAGACGAAAACGUCGCAGUGAAUCCAGGAAACGCGACGAGCCAAAGUACAUCGGAGAGAUACGAAAGCUGAAGUACAAAGAAAAGGGAGAAAGUGUUCGGUCACCGCGACACAAGAUCUCGAACAGCAGGCUUGAAGCAGAUAUUGGAAACACGUCGGGUUCACCUAAUCGUAAAAGAACCAAGACGAAGCGGAGGGAUCCAAGUAACUACAGCGAUUUGUCGGACUGUAGCGACUACGAGGAUAGAAAGGCCAAAGCGAGGAGGAGAAACUCGACGUGUCCAGAAUCCAGACACGACGGAUGUGGCAAACAAUAUAGGAGAUCGAUAUCGCGGCAUCGCAGCCCUCAAAAACAACAAUCGCAGCAAUUAAAUAUGAAAUAUUCCAACGACGACGACAACGAAGCAAGUAAAUUGAAUGCCAACGAGGAAGGAAACGACGAAGCAGAUCAGGAAGGAGGGAAAGAAGAAGAGCCUAAUAACAGCGGAAGUGGUAGCACGUUGUGAAAUCGUGUAAAAUUAUGUCAGACAACGAGGACUAUCUGUCACGUCUUUCGCGUCUUACAUUAGCAUUAUGCAAAAUUUUUUAUAAUGAUCCGUUCUUUUUGUAAAACAUUGUAAGAUCGUGUCCGGGAAAUUAAAUGUAUCAUUUUAAUAA